AUGGAUUCAACAGCAAUGGUAAAAUUGGCAACCCGUUACGAGCCGCGGAUAGUCAAAGAAACAGAUCCCCCAGGCCAGGUGGUGGCAAGUCAAGAUGCUAACAGUGCGUGCAAAAAGUCAGGCCUGAGUUCAAAUGGAGAGCGACUUUGA